AUGUCAGAGUAUGUCAGUAGUAACGUGAAUAGAAACGUGACAAGCAACGAAAUCACUUUCUCCUACUCGAACACCUCGACGCCAAAUGAGUAUACCAGACUCCUUCCUGAGACUAGAGAAGAUAACCUCCCCAUAGAGGAGGACUUCCCUUGGAAUCACGAGGUUGACAAGAAUGCCGAGGGGCUUUCGCAUAGUCAGCGCAUUCUGCGUGAGUUCUGGGAGCUGUUCAAGGCUUCCUUUCCUGUAAUUCUGGCAUAUGCGCUGCAGAUGAGCCUGCAGACGAUUCCCGUGAUUAUCGUUGGUCACUUAUCAUCAAUGCACCUGGCUGUCAGUGCAUUCUCUUUGAUGUUUGCCUUGGUCACCGGCUGGAUGAUUGCACUUGGAGGAACAACGGCCCUGGAUACCCUGGCUUCGUCAACCUUCACCGGGAGUGGAAAUAAGCACGACCUAGGCAUCCUUCUUCAGCGCGCGUUCUUGGUUCUCGGACUUUUUUAUAUCCCCGUCGCUGUCAUCUGGGCUUGUUCCAAUACCAUUUUCCAGGCUCUUGGCCAAGAUCCAGAGCUAUCCUACUGGAGCUCCAAGUUUUUGACGGCAUUGAUUCCCGGGGGUCUUGGGUAUAUCUACUUUGAGGCCAUGAAGAAGUAUUUGCAGGCGCAAGGAAUCAUGCAAGCUGGAACAUACGUUCUACUUAUCACUUCGCCCCUCAAUGCUGGAUUAUGUUAUCUCUUCUGCUAUACAUUGGACAUGGGGCUACUCGGUGCUCCCCUAGCAGCCAAUAUCUCAUACUGGACCUCCUUUAUUCUGCUAGUCCUAUAUUCCAAAUUCAUCACCGGUUCCGAAUGCUGGGGUGGCUGGUCUCGUUUAGCGCUCUCGAACCUAUGGACCUUCGCCCGUCUAGCAAUACUCGGAAUCUUGCAUAUCGGAACUGAAUGGUGGGCCUUUGAGAUCGUGGCAUUGGUGGCAGGUCGCCUGGGCACCAUUCCUCUCGCAGCCCAGAGCGUUAUUAUGACAGCCGAUGGAACUAUGAAUACUAUUCCCUUCGGACUUGGUGUUGCAACUUCCUCUCGUGUCGGGAACUUGCUCGGGUCGCGAAAUGCCAAAGGUGGUGCACGUGCUGCGCACUCAUCUGCGAUUCUUUCUGUUGCUUUUGGUGCUGUUGUGCUGGCUAUCCUCAUGGGCACAAGAAACCACUUCGCGAAGAUCUUCAAUAAUGACCUGCAGGUCGUUGAACUCACUGCUGAGAUCAUGCCAUUGGUCGCACUAUUCCAGAUCGCGGAUGGUUUGAAUGGAAGCUGCGGUGGAAGUCUUCGAGGAAUGGGCCGACAGCAUGUAGGUGCCGCUAUCAACAUUGUGAGCUACUAUUGCUUUGCUUUGCCACUGGGUGUUUAUCUUGCUUUCCAUGGGUGGGGACUCAAAGGACUUUGGGUCGGUCAGUGUGUUGCCCUCUACUGUGCGGGUAUUUUGGAGUGGGUGCUCGUCACUUUCACUCAUUGGGACAACGAAGUUCGCAAGGCGUUUAAGCGGAUGGACGGUCAUGGUAGUUUGGAGUCAGGUGUAGGAACCAAGAUUGUUGGUGAUGAUUAA